GUCAGUCGCGUCGCUGCUUGCAGCCAGCCCAUGCUGCUCGACCUUGCAAUUUACAACCCGUUGAAUUAUUCCCAGACUCACUCAACCAUCUACGCCUGCAUCACGGAAGAGGAAGAUACUUCUACCUCUUCUGUAGCUAAGAGGACCGCAGUUGCGGUUAAUGCUACUUCGACUGCGUCCUCUGUGAGCUUUGAAUUGGGUACCUGGGGAUCUGCCGUCGACUCGGCCGACGACCAGCUCCAGAGGGCUCUGACUGAUAUGGAAGCGUACAUGGAGUCUGACACGGACAGAAACUUCAUGUUUGCGUACUCCGGGCAGGCUGUAGUUGGACUCUAUAUUGGGGGCAGAUAUGACCCUUCUACCACCGCUGCUACCGUAGCGGAGUUGAUGCGUUCCUCUAUUGCCUCCGAGGGGCCGUUCAACCAAAUGGCUCUACAGUCCUGUGGAUCUACUGCCAACUAUAUGGUUGGAUUGGCCAUCAAUCUGGACGGAGAUCUUCCUGCGGUGCAGCAACUGGUGAAGACGUGGAGUGAGGCAGGCUGUGUCACGGGGUUUGAGUCCAACUCCAACACUAAUCUGACCGCCACGCUGACCACUGUUGCUCCGCUCCUCUCCAACUCCUCCAGCUCCGGGACGCUCACUGCUCGCGACGAUACCUGCUCUACCGUGCAGGUGGUUUCGGGAGAUUCCUGUACAAGCUUGGUGACGGAAUGCGGCAUCAGCUCCACGGAAUUCUACGAGUACAACACCGCUUCCGAUCUUUGCUCCACCCUGGCAGUUGGCCAGUACGUGUGCUGUUCCUCGGGAGACCUACCAGACUAUUCGCCCCAGCCAUACAGUAAUGGCACCUGUUACACGUACCUGGUGGAGUCGGGAGACUCGUGUUCCACGAUUGCUGCAUCAAACAGCCUGACCGUCGAUGAUAUCGACUCGUUCAACAAUCACACAUGGGGAUGGCUGGGGUGUGAUGACCUUCAGGCGGGAGAGAACAUCUGUUUGAGUAGCGGGGAUCCCCCCUUCCCUGCCCCAGUGACGGGCGCCACCUGCGGCCCCCAGGUGCCUGGUACUACGGCCAAUGGCACCGACUACGACGAGUGGGCGACGCUGAAUCCCUGCUCGCUCAACGCUUGUUGUGAUGUCUGGGGCGAGUGUGGCACCACCCCGGAGUUCUGUACUAUCACCGAGUCCACCACAGGCGCUCCAGGUACUGCGGAAGCCGACACGAAUGGAUGCAUCUCGAACUGUGGCCUUGAUAUUGUCAAUAAUUCCACAGCACCCGACGAGUUCUUUGCAAUUGGCUAUUUCGAAGCCUUCAACGUCGAGCGCAGCUGUCUCACGAUGGAUGCCAGCAUGAUUGACACCAGCAAGUAUACUCACAUUAUCUUCGCCUUUGGGACCAUUAACUCCGACUAUUCCAUCAGCAUUAAUCAAACCGACCAGUUUGAGCAGUUCCUGAACCUCACGGACGUCAAGAAAGUCGUCUCUUUUGGAGGGUGGGAUUUCUCUACCUCCAGCGACACGUACACGAUCUUCCGAGAGGGCGUGACCUCCACGAACCGCGCUCUCUUGGCACAAAAUAUCGGGGACUUUGUGUCUCAGUAUGACAUUGACGGGGUGGACUUUGACUGGGAGUAUCCUGGGGAGCCUGAUAUUCCGGGAAUCCCCGCCGGCAGCGACGAGGAUGGCACGAACUAUGUGGCAUUCUUGAAGGAAGUCCGCUCGGCCAUUGGCACGGAUAAGACCCUGUCAAUUGCGAUGCCCGCCUCGUACUGGUAUCUUCGCGGCUUUCCCGUCGCGGAUAUCAACGAUAUCGUCGAUUUCAUCGUGUACAUGACGUAUGAUCUCCACGGGCAGUGGGAUUACGGAAACACUUCGGCCGAUGAUGGCUGUGCGGACGGCAACUGCCUGCGCUCUCACGUGAACCUGACGGAGACAACUUAUGCCCUGUCCAUGGUGACCAAAGCUGGGGCGGACUCCAACAAGCUGAUGGUCGGAGUGAGCAGCUACGGC